AUGAUUUUGUUUGAUGAAUACGUCACUAGAACAGUCCUGCCUGUGGAAUAUUAUUGUUUAAUCAUACUCGUGCCACUUUGCCUGAUGGUACAGAUCAGGCACUUAAAAUGGUUGGCACCGUUUUCAUUAAUAGCAAACAUUCUACUGAUUGCAACUUUCGUUAUCUGCAUGUACUAUAUAUUUGGAGACGAAAUUAAUUUUACUGAUAAAAGAAUCUCAGGAGAUCUGUCUAGAUUCCCGGCUUUUUUGUCCACGGUUAUAUUUGCGAUGGAAGGCAUCGGAGUGGUGAUGCCAGUUGAAAAUACAAUGAAAAAACCGCAGCAUUUUCUAGGGUGCCCAAGUGUCCUCGUCGUAGCCAUGUCGACUAUCAUGCUCCUGUAUUCUAUUCUUGGCUUAUUCGGGUACUUCAGAUACGGAGAUGUACUUAGAGGAUCUAUAACACUGAACCUACCUAUUGACGACUGGCCAGCCGUGUGCGCUAAAAUUUUUAUAGCACUAUCAAUAUUCUUUACAUACCCACUUCACUUCUUUGUGGUAUUAGAUAUAUUCACCCGAUAUGCGGAACCACACAUCAAGAAGGAGUAUCGUAAUUUUGCACAAAUACUCGCCAGGACCUCUUGCGUUUGGAUUUGUGGUGGAAUAGGCAUAGCAUUGCCUAUGCUGGAACAGAUCAUCAACAUUGUCGGAGCACUGUUCUACUCCAUACUGGGACUCAUAAUACCAGGUGUAAUCGAGACAGUAUUUAGAUGGGAAGAUCUGGGCAGAUGGAAUUGGAUUUUUUGGAAAAAUCUAUUGAUUGUCCUCUUUGGUGUCUGUUCUUUAGUAUCAGGCUGUACUGUUAGUGUCAUGGAUAUUAUAAGUAUUUUAAAUAAAAAAACUAUUUGA